UAGCCUGCCUCUCCAGCGCUCUUGCCUCCCGUUGCUGUGCAUCGCUCCAGUCUAUUGCUUUGUAGUCUAACACCGCUUCGCCGCUUCCUCCUUUCCUCCUCUCCCCGCCUAUGACUCUCCCUCUCCCGGUCAGCAUCCAGCGAAUGGUCAGUCCACCCCCUGACCACCUGCAAGAAACGGUGAGAGAGUAGCUCCGUUCUGAGCACACUGCGGACUGCUGAAAGCUGCCAAAGGAAGACGUGGAUAUAAGUGUCGUUGUUGCCGUUACCGGGGAUUGUAUUUUGGAGGUAUGCCGGUGCCAGACCAGCCAUCAGAGCAGGGAGCCAGUCUGCUGAGUCCAGGUCUACCGUCAUCUAAUGGAGACGGAUCAGACGGGACAGAGACCACCUCCGCUAUCCUGGCCUCUGUCAAAGAACAGGAGUUGCAGUUUGAGAGGCUGACCCGUGAGCUGGAGGCAGAGAGACAGAUUGUAGCUACCCAGCUGGAGAGAUGCAAACUGGGCUCUGAGACCGGUGGAAGUAUGAGCAGCAUCAGUUCGGUAGAUGACCAGUUUCGCUGGAACACCCAAGCGGAUGGCCAGAAGGACAUAGAGGAUGAGUUGACCACAGGACUGGAGAUGGUCGACUCCUGCAUCAGAUCCCUGCAGGUGUCUGGAAUACUGGACCCUCACCAAUUCAACACAGGAGAACGUCCCUCUUUACUUUCCCAGAGUUCUUUGCAGCUUAACUCCACCCCGGAGGCUUCACUCCAGUACUCCGCCAGCUACCAUAGCAACCAGACCCUCGCCCUUAGCGACAGCGCUGCAGCGGCAACACCACAGCGCAGCGGACAAGUCGGUGGGGCCGUGCACAGCUACAACCAGGUGACGUCUAGUCGUGCCGCUCAGCAGAGGCAGCAGGCAGGGGGAGGUAGCGGAGGAGACUCCUUCUCUCAGAGCCAUGGCAGUGCCUUCCACCUACCAGAUGCACAGCAGAUCACUCCCGGUCACUACUACCCGAGUUCCACCCUGCCCACCCAGCGUGUGAGUUCCCCUCUAACCGGAGGAGGAGGUGGAGGGUCUGGUUCUCCCAGCAAGCUCCAGCGCCUGGGUCCAGCCUCAGACACAUCUGGCUAUGCUACCACACAGCGCCUACCUUCUUCCUCCUCAUCAUCCUCACCCAACAAACAGUCCCCCGCCAACCGACUCGCCAAGCCUUACAGCACCUCUGUUUCCGUGACGACGACAGGAGGCACCGGGUCUCCGCUGAGGGUGGGGUCUCCUCCGAACGCCAUAGCAUCAGUUGCCGGAGGAGGGGCUUGUGCAUCAUCAUCCCCCCUCCACCAGAUGAGUUCGGGCAUAGGGAGCUACGCUACUCUGUCUCCUAGGAGACUGGCUGCCCACCACGCCUCCGACCAGUACAAGAUAUCACACGAGCUCUAUGCCACUGCUACACUCCAGAGGCCCGGUUGCAGGGGUUCAUACAGUAGUCAGCAUAGCCAUUGUGGUCCAGACCUGCAUUCCCUAGGAUCCUCUGACCACCAAAUAGAGCCCCCCUAUGAGGACAGAGUCAACCUCUAUCACAAAGGACCUAUGAGGGGACUGGGCAACAAUACUGCCCCAUCGUCCCCCGGUGUCGACUCCGCCUCUUUGCAGCGAGCAGGCAGCCACAGCGCCGGAGGAAACAGCCACAGCGCCGGAGGAAGUUAUGGUCGUGGGGGUGCCAAUAACUAUGCUACAGUGGGCCCAGGAUAUACAGCAGAGGCCUAUGCUACAGACCCCUACACUGCAGACCCCUACCGUACACUGCAGUACUGCCCAUCUGUAGAGUCUCCAUACAGCAAGUCUGGACCAGCCCUGCCACCUGAGGGCACGCUGGCACGAUCACCAUCUAUAGACUCCAUACAGAAAGACCCAAGGGAGUUCGGAUGGAGGGAUCCAGAAUUGCCUGAGGUGAUUCAGAUGCUGCAGCACCAGUUCCCUUCAGUCCAGUCCAAUGCUGCAGCCUACCUCCAACACCUCUGUUUCGGAGAUAACAAGAUCAAAUCAGAGAUUCGUCGUCAAGGUGGGAUCCAGCUGCUGGUAGACCUGUUGGACCACCGUAUGAGUGAGGUCCACCGUAGUGCCUGUGGAGCCCUGAGGAACCUGGUCUACGGCAAGGCCAACGACGACAACAAGAUCACCCUGAAGAACUGUGGGGGCAUACCUGCCCUGGUCCGCCUGCUACGCAAGACUGGAGACGUGGAGAUAAGAGAACUGGUCACAGGUGUGUUGUGGAACCUGUCGUCAUGUGAUGCCCUGAAGAUGCCAAUCAUCCAGGAUGCCUUGGCCGUUCUGACCAAUAGUGUCAUCAUCCCUAACUCCUCCUCCUGGGACUCCUCCCACAAUCUCCAUGAUGACCGCAAGCAACACACACACACUUCCCAGGUGCUUCGCAACGCCACUGGCUGUCUCAGGAAUGUGAGUUCUGCAGGAGAGGAGGCCAGGAGGAGGAUGAGAGAGUGUGACGGACUGACAGACGCUCUCCUCUACGUCAUACAGAGCGCUUUGGGCAGCAACGACAUUGACAGCAAGACCAUAGAGAACUGUGUGUGUAUCCUGCGUAACCUGUCCUACCGACUGGCAGCGGAGACGUCUCAGGGCCAACAGCUGGGUUCAGAGGAGCUAGACGGUCUCCUGUGUGACGCCAACGGACGUGACGGAGAGACCUCGGGUUGCUGGGGCAAGAAGAAGAAGAAGAAGAAGGGACAGGACCAGUGGGACGGUGUAGGUCCUCUCCCAGACUCAGCUGACCCUCCUAAAGGAGUCCAGAUGUUAUGGCAUCCGUCCAUAGUGAAGCCCUACCUCACCCUGCUGUCAGAGUGCUCUAACCCUGAUACACUGGAGGGAGCAGCUGGAGCCCUGCAGAAUCUGGCUGCAGGCACCUGGAAGUGGUCAGUGUAUAUCCGGGCAGCUGUGCGUAAGGAGAAGGGUCUUCCUAUCCUGGUGGAAUUGUUGAGGAUAGACAAUGACCGUGUGGUGUGUGCCGUCGCCACCGCGCUCAGGAAUAUGGCCCUGGACGUCAGAAACAAAGAACUGAUAGGUAAAUACGCCAUGCGUGACCUUGUCCACCGGUUACCGGGCAGCAGCAAUAGCAGUACUGGGGGCAGCGGUGGGACUAACUGCGGUUCCGCGGGUCCACUAGCACCCAGUAAGACCAUGUCAGACGAUACGGUAACGGCUAUCUGCUGCGCUCUGCAUGAGGUCAUCACUAAGAACAUGGAGAACGCCAAAGCACUGAGAGACGCCGGUGGGAUAGAGAAGCUCAUCGGCAUCGCUCGUAGCAAAGGAGACAAACACUCAGCCAAGGUGGUGAAGGCAGCCUCUCAGGUGCUCAGCAGUAUGUGGCAGUACAGAGACCUACGCAGCCUCUACAAGAAGGAUGGAUACUCUCAGUAUCACUUUGUCGGUUCUGCCUCUACGAUAGAGAGAGACAGACAGAGACCCUACUCCUCCUCUCGCACCCCUUCUGUGUCCCCCGUACGAACCUCACCCAACAACCGCUCAGUUAGCGCACCGGCCUCUCCCAGAGAGAUGAUGAGUAUGAAAGAACGCAAGACCGAAUACGACUCCACAGCAACCAACGCAGGUUUCCACGACAACAAAGGAGAGCACACCUCCCGAAAAGACACCAUGGCAGUCAGAAUCUCCUGUGGAACAUCCACGUUGUUCCGGAACUCUUAUGUUACAACUAAUGACGAGAUCGACCACAACCAGAUCCCUCCCCAGCCCAUGGCCCCUCAGGCAGACUGCUCCUCUACACCCCUAAAAGACUACGACACGUUCCCUCCAUCCCUCCCUCCCUCCUUCCCCCCUCCGCAGAACCCUGGCCGCAUGCUGGAUGACUCCUUCUUCGAGCUUCCAGAUCAGCCCCUCCCCCAGCCCCCGUCUCAGGCCGCCACAGACCUCCGGAUGCACCUUGGCCUUAAGUCCACUGGCAACUAUGUGGACUUCUACUCUGCAUCCCGGCCCUACUCCGAACUCAACUACGAGACCAGCCACUACCCGGCUUCACCUGACUCCUGGGUCUAAAGACAGGAGUCACAACUUAACAUGGGUCCUGGAGAGAUACAGGCUGGUGUAGGGUUUAGCUCCAGCCCAACACUAACAAACAGCACACCUGCAAGGUGUAAUGAACCAUUGAUUUGAGGAUAUUAGGUUUAUUAGUGCUGGGCUGGAACAAAAUCCUGCAUAGUCCCGUAGCUCUCCAGGAUAGAGAGUGAAGAACACUGGUGUAGAGUAAAUAGGGGGUCCGAGGUUAAUGUUAGUAACCAACGGCAAACAGGGAUGGAAGGGGGUUAGGGGGUGCUAGGGGGUUGUGAGGGGAUGAGGUGUGAAGAGAGACUGCGCAUGUGCAUGAAUACCACAAGACAUUUUGCCGCCAGUUCAGUUUGUUCAAAGCUUGUUCCACUGGGAAAGGGAGUGGGAUAGAUGUGUCAGAGUGAGAGAGUGAGAGAGUGAGAGAGAGAGAGAGAGAGAGAGAGAGAGAGAGAGAGAGAGAGAGAGAGAGAGAGAGAGAGAGAAGUCCUUGACAGAAGAAAAGAAAAAAAAAACAACUGAAUGAUGACGUAAGGCUCUUACCUCUUUGGAGUUGCAUUGCUUGACUUUCAGAAAGAAGGAGUGGAGUGGAGAAAUGGAAGAGAGGAAGAGUUGUUUUUUGGCAAGUCGGAUGAAAAGUACCAGACCAGAGAAGGGAGAGAGAAGAUGAGAGGAAAACACCAAGCACAAGACAGGAUGUUCACAGGAAAAACAAGGGGGCAGCUUUCCACACGUUCAUUACAUUGACUUCUGACUUCUGUCAAUCAAAGCUUCUACCUUUCUAUGGAGUGUUGUCUGUUGAAGAAGAAUCUUCCAGCCUUUUAGGUUUUUAUUUUCACAUCUUUUUUAUUUGUACUUUUUGAAGUUGU